AUGGCUCCCUCUUUUUACGAGACACUUGUUGAGCGUAACAAGAAAUACGCUGAAACUCAUAACCCCGCCCCCACCAUCGCCGAGCAGAUGGCUCUCGGUCGCGUCUUCGAAACCACUCUCGUCAUUACUUGUGUCGAUUUCCGCCUCAACCCAGAUCAAUUCUUGCAAACUAAGCCCGAAGAUCAAUUCCUUAUCUCGCGCAAUCCGGCAGGGCGCGUUGGCCCUGCUUUGCAAGAAAUUAUGCUUUUUGAUGUUUUUCUUGGAUUGAAGAGAGUCAUUGUGAUUCAUCACACAGAUUGUGGCGGGAGUCAAUUCAAGGAUGCAGAUAUCCGUGAAGCUCAUAAAAGCCGUCUGCCGGACCAUUCAGAGAUCGAUCAUAUGGUAUUUGGGGCUUUUGACGAGGUUGAGCAAAGCGUCCGAGAUGACCUUCAUUUACUGAAGACAUCUCCUUAUGUUCCAAAGCGAAUUUCUGAUCAAUCUUUGGGAUUUGUGUACGACAUCAAGACAGGCUUGUUAACUCCGGUGGAGUAA